CUGUUAAAGCUCGAGGAAUUUUGGACUUAUUUGGAUGUAGAUAAGACUUUGGAGUUUCUGAAAGGCAUUCGAUACUACAGAGAAGUUGUGUCACGAAUAGAAAGGAGCCUAGAGGGUAGGUAUGACCAUUUUAUUAUUCUCAUACCGAAUUCGUGUAGGAAUAUAGCCAUAUGGUCUUCUAGGAAUGAAAGCCCUAUGUUAUGUUAUUGCAGUUUGCGUUCAGAAACACCGAUUUUGCUGCGUGAAUAUCAAAAAGAGUUAUGUGUGAAAGCAUUGAACGGAAUCAACACAAUCAUCGCUGCUCCCACCGGAUCAGGAAAAACAAUCGUAGCUGUGAACAUCAUAAAAGAUCAUCUGGACAAGAAUAUAUGUAAUGGUCGGUGGAAGCGAAGCCGAAAUAAGAUUCUGAGCGAUACACUCAAACUCUUUGUAACAUCAUUCCUAGUGUUCCUAGGUUUGCUAUCGUUUUAUUCCAGGAAUCUUCUUAUGGAGAAUACCGUAUCGGACGGUAUCGAGAAUGCAAUUCAGCCACCUUUCAUCGUAACUGCGUUCACCUUGAUGGUGUUCGAUGAAUGUCACAAUGCUGUUAAAAACUCGCCUUAUUCGAGUAAGAAAUUGUUUUCCUUUUCUUCCCACAAGGCUCAUUUUCGAAGCGCAGUUUCCCUGAGAGUCCGCUGUAAAGACGCUGCGUUAUUUCCGUGCAGCGUACGCCAUGCUUUGACUUAUUUUAGAUUUCGAGAUGGAGGAACCCGGGUACUUGUGGCAACAUCGGUGGCUGAUGAAGGAUUGGAUGUAGCUAAAUGUAAUCUCGUAAUUAAGUACAAUUGUGCCACAAAUGAGAUCGCCCACGUGCAGCGCAGAGGCCGUGGACGGGCGGAGAACUCUAGAAGCAUUCUCAUCACACAAAAUUUGAAGAUGAAGGAACAAGAAGAGAGGAAUGUUGUCAAGGUGGAAGAGGGAAUUAAAGAAAUACUACAAGAAAUGCAGCGAGAGGAUGCAAACGUUUCGCAGCGAUUAGCGCAGCAAAAAAUUUCUGGAAAGGUGUACAGGUUGUUGUGCAGCAAAUGUGAUGCGCUCCUCUGCACCUCUAGGGACAUUAAAACUUACAAAAAUUCGCAGUACUGUGUUUGCGAUCCGUCUUUUUGGGCGAAAACUCGCAAUGAAGUGAUUCGUGUGGGCACCUCAAGGGAGGAGAAAUUCGGUGCGAUUGCCAAGGUAUCUCUGUCAAAAUUGCCGACAUGUGAUCCUAUUUGUCUGGUAUUUUCCCAUAGGAGUGAUGUCAGUUUACACUUACUCCGUCAUGGGUUGAAUCUUAAUGUUAAACAUGGUGUUGAGGACACUCGUGUGUAG